AAAAAAAAAAAAAAAAAAAAAAAAAAAAAGGAAAACGAAACCCUAAAAAAACCCUUUUGAUCGGUAAAGAGCAUAGCAGUGACUGUGAGUGAAGAAUUUUAGAAGAAGAAGAAGAAAAAGAAAAGGGGUUUUGGGGUUUGGCAUAGGCAUUUCAUUCUGAUAAUACACUUGCUGGCAUGGACGACUAUGACUUGGAUUUGGAUGAGAUGGAAUUAGUUGCAGCAGCUGCUGGCUACUAUUAUCAUAAUAGCACAACUAAGCAGCCUCGUAAUUUAUCACCUCAUGGAAGUAGUUUCAUGACUGAAGUGCUUAAUGGUCAUGAUGAUGGAUGUCGGGAAAUGUUUCGGAUGGAUAAACAUGUAUUUCACAAGUUAUGUGACAUUCUUCGACAAAGAGGCAUGUUACGCGACACGGCCGGGGUUAUGAUAGAGGAGCAGCUGGCAAUUUUCUUGAACAUCAUUGGUCAUAAUGAACGUAAUAGAGUAAUCCAAGAGCGGUUUCAACACUCAGGCGAAACCAUUAGUCGGCAUUUUAAUAAUGUGUUAAGGGCAAUCAAGUCACUGUCACGUGAAUUUUUACAACCUCCUCCUCUCAACACUCCUUCAGAAAUCCUUGGAAACAACAGAUUUUUCCCAUAUUUUAAGGAUUGUAUUGGAGUCAUUGAUGGUAUGCAAAUUCCUGCACAUGUCCCAGCAAAAGAUCAAUCUCGAUUUCGUAAUAGAAAAGGUAUUCUAUCUCAAAAUGUAUUGGCAGCUUGCACAUUUGACCUACAGUUCAUAUUCGUUUAUCCUGGUUGGGAAGGCUCGGCCGCAGAUUCACGAGUAUUAAGGGCAGUCCUAGAUGACCCAGAUCAGAAUUUCCCUCAAAUUCCUGAAGGAAAGUAUUAUCUUGUGGAUACUGGUUAUUCAAAUAUGGAAGGAUUUCUUGCUCCAUAUCAAGGGGUUCGGUACCAACUUCAUGAAUUUAAAGGUGCUAAUCAGUUACCUAGAAAUGGGAAGGAAUUAUUCAAUCACAGGCAUUCUUCUCUAAGGAAUGUCAUUCAGAACUCUUUUAACGUGUUGAAAACUCGAUUUCCCAUUCUCAAACUUGCCCCUCAAUAUGGUUUUCAUAUACAAAGGGACAUAGUUAUAGCUGCGUGUGUUCUGCAUAACUACAUCCGGCGAGAGGAAAGAAAUGAUUGGUUGUUUACUAGUGUAGAAGGGGUGAUGGUGGAUGAAUUGCCUGAAUUUGAUGAACUUCCUGAUAUGCAAUUGUCUUCUCCAAUACAGGAACAAGUGGCUUUCUCAUUACGAGAGUCAAUUGCUGCGGCCAUGUGGGAUGACUUCAUAAACAAUUGGGAUGAGUGGUGAUUGUUAGCAUUAGCGAACAAUGAGUUAUUGCUGAUGUAAUAGAAUUCUCUUGAUGGAAUGGAACAUCUAACUUCCUAGGUAAACAUCUGUUGUUUGGUUUCUCGUUCAUUUUGAAGGUUCCAUACGGCAUAUACUAUUUUAAACCCAUGUACGUGUCAACUUGUCAAGAAACGUGAAUAGAGUUCAUAUCUAAGGUUUGUUUAGAUACUACUUAAUGUUGAAAACUGAAAACACUAUAGUAAAAUAAUUUUUUAAUGUGUGAA